AUGGCAUCUGCUGAGGAACUGUUGGGCUUGAUCGAGGUGCAGUCCGAUAGGCGACACCGGAUAAGUCGCAUUGUCGAGAACGUCCGCAAGUCCAACCAGUUGAAGACGCUUUCUGGAGUGCAGGCGAGGCUGCAUGUCCUCGAGUCAUAUUGGUCGCAGUUCGUGGAGGACCAUCGGCACAUCCGAGCUUCACGACACAAGGAGAUCCGGGACUCCGACUACCUGAGGCGCGAUAUCUUCGGCGACACCGAAGAAUUGUAUCUUGCGCAGGAUAUCGAACUGCGCACGAUUCGAGAUGCACUGUCAGCUCCUGGCACGGGAGGGGCGCGUGAGACUGUACACGCGGUGCCGACACAGGCGUCAGUCCCAGAGGCGAAGUUGCCUCGUAUUCCGAUCCCGACGUUCGACGGGGCAUUCGAUGAGUGGCGCACGUUCCGGGACCUCUUCCUCGCGCUGGUGGGUGAGAACAAAACACUGGCUAACGUGCAUAAGAUGCACUACUUGAAGCAGCACGUACAGGGCGAGCCUGAAAGGUUCUUGCGACAUCAUCCCAUCACUGACGCAGGUUAUCAGGACGCAUGGGCGGCUUUGUUCGAGCGCUAUGACAACGAGCAGUUGCUGGUCGAACAAUACUUGUACGCUUUUUUCGCGCUACCGCCCAUGAAGCGCGAGUCAGCAGCCGAACUCCGGCGAGUGUUCGACCGGACGUGCGAGGUCCGCACAUCCCUACAUCAGCUGGGAAGACCUACGGAUCAAUGGGACGACAUUUGGGUAUACCGAACGGUCACUGCUCUCGAUGCCGUCACUCGUCGAGAUUGGGAGCGAGCCACAAACAAGAUACGCCAGCCGGUGCGCUGGAGCACCCUCGCAGACUUUCUCAAGGCCAAACUCCGAGAACUAAAGACAAUCGAGGGCAAGUCCCGGACGGCGGGCGGGGCGGUCGGCGACGCCCGACUCCAAGAGCCCCAGCGCAAGGCACGCACGCAUACGGUUCAGGCUUCGGGUCGUAAGGGCCGCUGCGCCCAGUGUUCCAAGCCGCACCCCCUCUGGGACUGCACUGCCUUCCGGGGUCUCACGACGGUUGAGCGCCGCCGAUGUGUCGCGGACUGGCGACGCUGUUUUAAUUGCCUCUCCAACGGCGUGAUCAGUGCACGUCCACCCGACGCUACAACUGCGGUGCGGACCACCACACGCUACUGCACGCCUCGCACGUCUCCGGAGCGGGAACCGACGGCCGCCGUCUCCGCGAUGCAGGCGAUCUCCCGACGACCUGCUGGGCGAGCACUGUUAGCAACGGCACGCGUGCAGCUGCUCGGAGAGGAUGGGCGCACCCUUACCGUCCGAGCGCUGAUCGAUCCGGGGUCGGAGGUCAAUCUCAUCGCCGAGAACGCAGUUCAGCAUCUCAGAGCACUUCGACGACCCGCGCAUGUGCGACUGACCGGCGCAACCGACAGCCGCGGACAGCGAGUGCGGGCGGUCGCUUCGCUUCGGAUGCGAGCAACGGCGGGACCGCCGUUUCAGCGGGGCCUGGAGGCGCUCAUUAUGCCCCGCUUGACCACCUAUCGGCCGAUCGUGGCAGAGCUCCCGGCGGAGUGGUCGCACCUCGCCGGAGCCACGGCGCCGGAGCAAGAGGACCAUCGCGCUCACUGCCAUACACUGCGCUGUGAGAUCGAGCCGCUUCACGACCAGCUUCGGCGCUUCUGGGAGUUGGAGGAGUUGCCCAGCACUCCCACGCUCAGCCCCGAUGAGGAGGACUGA